UAACAAACAAAGCGCUAGUUUAUUGCGAAAUCAGUAAGCCAGUCGAUAUUUCGACGUAAAUCCUAAGGUAACGUAUUUUUAGAUAGAUAUUUCGAAAAAGAAUCUUAACUUACUGAUCAGUAGGGUUAAAAUAUAAUGGAUAACAAACUGCGUUUUGCUUAAGCAUAACAAAAAGCAUUUUCGAUUCAAAUAUUGCUCGAAUGCAUAGCUUUGAACCCAGUCGAUAAUGUGUCGGAAUAAGUCGCACGCCGUUCGGCUCUGAUUCGCAUCUACGGUGAACGUGGCAAGAUGGCGUUUGUUGGGGACUUCGCAAUAAUGUUUUUUUCCCAGCUCUUAUUUUUUGGAAUUGGUUGGAUUUUCUUUAUGAGAAGACUGUUUAGAAACUACGAAGUUCAUCACUCGGUCGUACAGCUUGUAUUCUCUAUAACUUUUGCUCUCUCGUGCACUAUGUUCGAGCUUAUAAUUUUUGAGAUUCUCGGAUUCAUGGACAAAAACUCUCGAUACUUCCACUGGAAAGUUGGUAUUUAUUCCAUGCUAUUUACGCUGAUAUUCCUAUUGCCCUUCUAUAUUUGCUACUUCUUGGUAAAGACUCUACGUUUUAUUAACAAUCGCUGCACAGUUGUUCUUCUGGCUUCCGGGUUUUGGAUUGCAUUCUUGUACUUGUUUUGGAAGAUUGGAAACCCUUUCCCUAUUCUCAGUCCAAAACACGGCAUUCUCUCGAUCGAACAAGGAAUCAGUCGCGUUGGAGUUAUUGGUGUGACGCUGAUGGCCAUUUUGUCCGGAUUCGGUGCAGUGAACUGCCCAUAUACUUACAUGACAUUUUUCAUGAGACAUGUCAAUGAUUCAGACAUUUUAUCACUUGAAAGGAGACUGUCCCAAACAAUGGACAUGAUAAUUAGCAAAAAGAAAAGAAUAGCGAUGGUGAAACGAGACAGUAGGCGGUUUGCAGCAACUUCUCAACAAAAAUCAGGUAUUUGGAAUAUGCUCAGUAGUGUAGCCAGCAUGACAGGAGGAGAAAAUACCAGUCACUUGCAGCAAGAAGUAGAUGCUAUGGAGGAACUAAGCCGACAGCUUUUCCUGGAAAUAGUCGACCUGCACAAUACCAAGGAACGAAUGGAGCUAUCAAAAACCCUCCAAGGGAAAUACUUUGAUUUCCUAGGCCAUAUUUUCUCUGGUUACUGCAUCUGGAAGAUCUUUAUUUCUACAGUGAACAUUGUUUUUGACAGAGUAGGGAAAACAGACCCAGUUACAAGGGGAAUUGAGAUUACUGUGAACUACCUUGGCAUGAAAUUUGAUGUGAUAUUCUGGUCCCAGCAUAUAUCAUUUCUCCUCAUUGGAAUCCUCAUUGUGACCUCUAUCCGUGGGCUGCUUAUCACACUCACCAAGUUUUUCAAUGCCAUGGCAAGCAGUAAAUCUUCAAACGUUAUUGUCCUUGUUCUUGCAGAAAUUAUGGGGAUGUACUUUGUAUCAUCAGUUCUGUUGAUGCGUAUGAACAUGCCUGUUGCAUAUAGAGAAAUUAUAACAGAGGUUCUUGGACUGCUGCAGUUUAACUUCUACCAUCGCUGGUUUGACGUAAUCUUUCUAGUUAGCGCAUUAACAAGUAUUGGUUUUUUGUACCUGGCACACAAACAGGCACCUGAAAAGUUUAUGGAUGAUAGAAAUUAUUGAGUAUAGAUACUAUAUAUAGCUUAAAGAAUAAUGCACAUUAAUAUACUGAUAUCAAAUAUAUGGCUUUUUUUUUUGUAUAUUCCAACAGUUAUCAUUCUGUUCAUUUAUGCUCUUAAACAAGGACCUGCAGUAUAAAAGGCAUGUGUCUGCAGUGUACUGUUUUUGAAUUUUAUUUUCCUCUUUAUUUACAUUGUUUCUGUAGAAAAAAAAAACAUGUUGAAGCUCACUGUUAUUGCCUUAUGUAUACAGAACAUUCUUUUCAACUUAAAAAUGGUUGAAGUUAAUGCGCUUCACAUGAAAACCAGGUCCUUGCCUUUUAUACUGUAUGUCUUUCUUUAGACUAGAAAGGAAUCCUGAUUACUAUCUUUGAUCGGGAAUUAAAAUUGGUCCAAGUAAGGGUAUAUGAUGAUGGUGGUGGUGAUGAUGAUAAUGAUUGUGAUUAAUGAUGUUGUUUAGAUGAUGAUGACAACAGCACUAAACAAAAGGAAUUGAAGAUUAUAAGUGUUAAAAAAUUCCUGUUAUAUUUCCCAAAUCUACAAAUGAAAGAAAUAACCCCUUUGUAAUAUUUGCCUGGUACAGUUAAGUCUAAGUAAACAUGAAAAUAACUUGUAUAGCCAAAA